GGGGACCGGCUCCCUGUUGAGUGGCCGUCGGUGAGAGAGAUGGCCCGCUUCACACUCACCUGUUCCUCCAGACGGCUGGUCGUUGCGGCUUUCAGCGGCUCCAGGUGUUUCCGCACUGAACCAGUGAGGCGUGAAUCCAGCGCACUUCCGAUAGUUCAUCACGGCAAGUACGUGUGCGACCUCCCACCCGGCCACAGGUUCCCCAUGGGCAAGUUCCCCCGGGUUCUGCACCAUUUAAUCCAAGAUCAAGUCAUUACAGAGAAACAGGUGUGGGUCCCUGAAAUUGCCUCUAAAGAUUUACUCAGCUGUGUGCACACCGAGGAAUACCUUAAUAACUUCAUAAGUGGGAAAAUAAAUGAGCAGGAACAAAGGAGGACAGGUUUCCCCUGGAGUGAAGGUAUAGUGAGCCGCUGUCGAUAUGAAACAGGCGGGACGGUUCUAGCUGCUGAGGCAGCUCUGCAGAGGGAUCUGGCCUGCAGCACAGCAGGAGGAACCCACCAUGCGUUUCCCAGCUUCGGUUCAGGGUUUUGUCUCCUCAAUGACUUGGCAGUUGCAGCCAAAUACCUGAUGGGCAGCUCCUCGCCCAAAAGGAAGGUUCUGGUUGUGGAUCUCGAUGUGCACCAGGGCGACGGCACUGCGUUUAUUUUUAAAGAGGAGCCGUGUGUGUUUACAUUUUCUGUGCAUUGUGGGAGAAACUUCCCCCUCCGUAAACAACAGAGUGACCUAGAUGUCAGCGUGGAGGAUGGGCUGGAAGACAAGGAGUACCUCUCCACAGUGGAGGCCCACCUCCCCCAGCUGCUGGAGACCUUCCGUCCAGACCUGGUCCUGUAUGACGCGGGUGUGGACCCUCAUUGGGAGGAUGAACUCAGGCAUCUCCGUCUGACUGACCAAGGGCUGUAUCAGAGAGAUCUGUACGUGAUGAAGACUGUGCUGAGCAGAGGUGUUCCUCUUGCUGCCGUUAUCGGAGGAGGAUACUCGAGAGACAUCGACAAACUGGCCGUCAGACACUCCAUCGUUCACAGAGCAGCAACUCAGGUGUGGAAUAUGAAACCUUUAUGACCUAAAUCAAGAAGAGCCUCAGAGUCAAACUUGAUCUUCAGGAACUGAUAUUUAUAUUAUUAUACUAGUUGUAUAUAUUGUGUACAUGCAACUUUACAUUUUAGUAUUGUAAGAAUUGUGAAAAUGGUAUUCAUUCCUCACAGAUUCUACCAUCUGCUCAGAGUAUCUGAGCUCUACUCGGGUAUUUUAAUACUCCAAUACAGAAUGUGGUAUGUUUUG